UCUCUCUCUCUCUUCUUCAAACAAAACCCACAUCUCUCUCUUCCUCUCCAACCCACAGCCGCCGCCAGCCCCUCCACGCCGGAGCUCCGAGCUCCGGUGAACUCCAAAUCACAACCACAACGACACCACAUCCCAAAAACCCAAGGGAAAGAAUCACUUUAUGUUAUAAAGACGAUGGGAAGGAGACGGCGACUUUCAUCGGCGUUGGAUAGAGAGCUUCAGCGGCGCAUUGAGUCGUGUAAGAAGGAAUACCUCUCCGUUGAAGAUAUCAUCGACCACCUCCGUUCUUCUUAUUCUGACUAUAACCGCCAAAAGCUACUUCCCUUCACCAAACAGGUCCAAAAUAUUCUCCAAAACCCUAACCCCAAUCCAGAUGUUUUAAAUCCUCCUCCCAGAAAGAAGCUCAAAACUAACAGCACUGAACGCCGUUGGAAUCGUCGCGAUGGUGAUGGAGACUCGUCUACUAUCGCAGAAAGCAGCAGUGACUCUGAGGAUUCCGAUGCUAUUUACUCUGAAGAGAAGCCUGAUUUAAUGAAGUCUAUGCUUCGACAUACCUACAAUCAACAACAACCCAAUAUUAAGUCAAAAAAAAUUGAAUACGAGGUGGUUCACAACAAUAAUAAUGAUCAAAAAAGGAACGGAGCUGCCACCAGGGAUUUAGGACAGAAGUUUGGUGAUAUUAAUGAUGGGCCAAAGUUUAAGGAUUUAGGUGGAAUGGAUGCAGUCUUAGAGGAAUUGAAGAUGGAGGUUAUUGUUCCAUUGUACCAUCCUCAGCUGACUAAGCAUCUUGGAGUAAGGCCCAUGUCAGGGAUACUCUUUCAUGGCCCACCAGGCUGUGGCAAGACAAAGUUAGCUCAUGCUAUUGCCAAUGAGACUCGAGUUCCCUUUUACAAACUUUCUGCUACUGAGUUGGUCUCUGGAGUUUCAGGUGCAUCAGAAGAGAACAUAAGGGAACUGUUCUCAAAAGCAUACCGGACAGCACCAUCUAUUGUGUUUAUUGAUGAGAUUGAUGCAAUUGCUUCCAAAAGAGAAAAUUUACAGAGAGAAAUGGAGCGGCGCAUUGUAACACAGCUGAUGACGUGCAUGGACGAGUCACAUAGAGUUGUAAAACCCGAUGAUGAAGAGGGAACUACUCUACCUACUGAUAAAAGAAAUAGUGAAGCAAAAUCAGACGGAUCUAAUGGUGAACCUGGUUAUGUCCUAGUAAUUGGGGCCACAAAUAGACCUGAUGCUAUUGACCCAGCAUUGAGGAGGCCUGGACGAUUCGACCGUGAAAUCGCCUUGGGUAUUCCAGAUGAAAAUGCAAGGGUGCAAAUUUUGUCUGUGCUUACACGUAACCUAAGAGUUGAGGGUGCAUUUGAUCUCAUGAAGAUAGCUAGCUCAACUCCAGGAUUUGUUGGAGCAGACUUGGCUGCUCUAACUAACAAGGCAGGUAACUUGGCAAUGAAGAGGAUAAUAGACGUGAGGAAGGUUGAGCUUUCAAGCGAAUUGGCAGAAGGGGAAGAUGCCGAAGAAUGGUGGAAAAAGCCAUGGUCACCUGAAGAGAUGGCAAAGCUCAGCAUUAAUAUGGCUGAUUUUGAGGAAGCAGCUAAACUGAUUCAACCCUCAUCUAGAAGAGAAGGUUUCUCCGCUAUCCCAAAUGUAAAGUGGGAAGAUGUUGGAGGCCUUGAUUCAUUAAGACAUGACUUUGACCGGUACAUCGUCAGGCGUAUAAAGAAUCCUAAUGAUUACAUGGGUUUUGGAGUGGACUUGGAAACAGGAUUCUUGCUUUAUGGUCCCCCAGGAUGCGGUAAAACAUUAAUUGCCAAGGCUGUUGCUAAUGAAGCUGGAGCAAAUUUUAUACACAUUAAGGGACCUGAAAUUCUGAACAAGUAUGUUGGUGAAAGUGAGUUAGCUAUAAGGACAUUAUUUACCCGUGCAAGAACAUGUGCUCCAUGCAUUCUAUUCUUCGAUGAGAUGGAUGCAUUGACAACUAAGCGUGGUAAGGAAGGAGGUUGGGUUGUGGAAAGGCUUUGAAUCAGGUUUCUACUAAUAGAACUAGACGGUGCAGAUCAGAGAAAAGGUGUUUAUGUGAUUGGUGCCACAAAUAGGCCUGAAGUCAUGGACCAAGCUAUUCUUCGACCUGGAAGGUUAGGGAGACUCCUAUAUGUCCCUCUACCUACUCCAGAUGAGCGUGGUCUAAUUUUAAAAGCUCUUGCCCGGAAAAAACCUAUAGAUUCUAGUGUCGACUUGAUGGCUAUUGGAAGAGAUGAUGCCUGUAAAAGUUUAAGUGGAGCGGACCUAGCUGCACUGAUGAAUGAAGCUGCAAUGGUUGCACUUGAAGAUAAAUUGAGAGCCAUAGAUACAAGUUGUGGUGACAUAUCAUCGACCAUCAAGGAGUCGCAUUUCAAACGUGCUUUGGAGAAAAUUUCUCCAUCUGUCUCCGACAAGCAAAUAGGAUACUAUCAUGAUUUAUCAAAAAGGUUCAGAGCAGCAUGAAGCCAGAACAUGAAAGCCUUGGUGAAGGAGAGGAAAGAAGAUGCUUAGAGUGGUGGUCAUAUCUCCAGCUUAGUAAUUCUGGUCUGCACUAUAGAGGUUCAUGGACCGCUUAUACUAGACUGGCAUCUUGGAUGCUCUUUCUAGCAGUAUCUCAUAUACUUCUCAGCUAAAGUUGUACAAUGUCUUCAUUUAACAAACUAUUGGAAAUAUAUAAACCUGUACCUGUACAAUGUCAUCUUCUUGCGUUACAAAGUGCUAUGAAAAUAUUCACCUCAGGGUUUCUGGGA